CGACAUACGAGUAAAAACAAGACAAGCGUAACCAACAGCACUGAGACGACAACCACUGAGGAGGCUGAUCUGAAAAAAAGAUAACGUGCGGUCACUGACCUUGACUAUUUAUAUGAAAUGGAAACAUUUUGCUCGCGUGCUUACCAAAGAAACCAGUCAAAUAGCAUUUCCUGCCAACUUUGCUUAAAUCCUUUUGUUUAUCAAGUUUAUAACACUCAGUCUUGACGACAAAUUUGUAUGAAAGAUCCAUCAUCACAAGGGGGAAGAAUAUAAUGACAUAAUGUUUGGAUCUGUGAAAAAAUAUUGUGAAUAAAGAAAGCCAACUUGGACGGAGAAAAACAGAACGGGUCCUAUGGUCCAACAGCAAAUAUGAGGUUGACUGGAACUGUAUGAGUGUAUGAUCUCCGGUGACUAUUUUUGAUGCUAAGGUAAACAAAACCAGAUGUUGUGGAACCCAUCAUUUUGUUUAGUUCCGUGUGAAAAUUGGGUGGGUGGCUGUCCUAAGUCAAUUAUAUCAUUUAUGACAAGAAAGUGACGUUAAACAGAGACGAAACCUGGGAGGAGUUGACAAUUCCUCCAGAAAUAGAGCUUGGAACACCUCAAAAUGAAGGAAACCUACAAGAAGAAUCUAUUAAUAGGGAUAACAAUGAGAUAGCAAGUAAAAAAACAGAGAAUAAUUUACCUUCAAAAGCAACACUUUGUGGCUUUCUUGAAAAACUUGGAGAGAAAGGACUGCUGAGGACUUACAAACGAAGAUGGUUUGUGUUUGAGCCAAGAAAAUGUUUUUUAUAUUAUUUCAAAAAUCCUGAUGAUUCCUAUGCAUUAGGACAUAUUAAUAUCAGUGAUGCUACAUUUUCAAUGGAUAUUUCAGCUGGACGAAUGGAUCAAUUUGACAUAUGCACUGCAAACAGAGUGUUUCAUUUGCAAGCCGAGGAUUCUCAAACUGCCCGAUACUGGCUUCAACAAUUACAGGCGAGGAGACUUAAGUACAGUAGGACACUAACAGCCAUGUGUCACACAGGAGUUGAUACGGUUCCUGAGCCAUGUGAAAGUCCUGGUCUCAUUGCAAACGUUUUGUCUGAAAACAUUAAAGAAGAUGAUGAAGAUUUUCAGUCUAUACCUGCUCCACAAACUGUUGGUGAAGAUGCUGCAAAAAGAUCACCGGAAGGCAUCUUUUCUGCAAUGUUUAAACAUCGUGCCAGCAAGCGAUACACAGUUCAUGAGGAAUCAAGCGAUACUCAUCAUGUACAAACUUCUGUACGAAGAAGCGUAUCAAUGAGUUAUGAUAGUCCAGGAGCUAAAGCAAAAAAUGUUACGUUAAAGAGAUUUUCUGUGCGUGGAAGCAGUGUGCCAGAUGAUAAAACAACAACAGAAUGUUUGAAAUGUCGUAAGCUCAAAGAACAGCUGAAGCAAUGUGAAGAAGAAUUAGAGGAUACAAAAGACUAUGCUCAAGUGAGGCAGGAAGCUUUGGGAUCAUUGAAUGAAUUUUUAAGGAAGACAGUCUUAGAUAAAGAUGCAAGUCAAGGUUCGGAAAACACGACGGAAUCACGUGAUCAGGGAGAAAAUAUCUUGUACAUUAAGAAGCUGGAGAAAAGAUUGAAAGAGCAAAACGACCAGCUGUCAAAUUAUGAAAAAGAAAUUGCAAUGUUACGCGAAGUCAUUAAGAGCAAAGAUGAAAUCGUGAUAAAGACUGCAAACCAGCUUGCAAACGUGUCUAAUGCAGAAAUCCAUAAGAAAAAGGAUUUUGGAAACGUUGAUUGGAAUCAAAAGACGAGAACAUCAUUGGAGCAAGAGAACACUUCGCCUUACGAAGAGAGAAAAGGAGCUUUUACAAGCUUUGGAAGCAGUGAUGAUGCAUUCCGUCUUUUCUUACAUCAUAUCGAAGAGCUUGAUACAAAUGAAGACAAAAUAGAAAAACUGAAGGUAGCACUACGUGCUUAUAUAGCUCAGAAUAAUUUCUUAAACUCGGAAGUUGUUGAGUUAACUAAACUGAGGAAAAAUGAUACGGAAAGAAUUAGAAGUUACAUCGCCAAAAAUCAAACGCAAGAAGCAAAUCUUUGUCGAAUCAAGAGCAAAUUUUAUUUCUUAGUUGAACAAGUUAACACUCCUGUGAAAGACGGUAAAACAACUGCAAUAUCUGAAGAGGUGAUGUCACAGCUACUUGAAGAAGCUAUACAAUUUGAAACAGAAGGAAAGAAAAACGACGAGGGAAGUGCAGGUUAUGAUCGAUAUGGUUUCUACACUACUUUAAGUCAAGGGGACAAUGAUGGAUUGAUUUCUGUUGCAGACAAAUUAAAUAGACAGGCGUGUGCCGUGGAAGACGAUUUACGUAAAAAAUCUUUGGCAGUGAAAUGGGAAAAUUUCAUGAUAGCAAACAGAAACAAAGAUUUUCAAAAAACGUCGGAAUUGAAAACCCUCAUACGUGCGGGCAUACCUCAUGACUUGCGGGCAAAGGUUUGGAUGAAGUGUAUCAACGAUCACGUGAAAAGCACGAAACGCAUGUCGGGGUCUGGGUACUACAAACGACUACUUGAUUCUAAGAAAGACAACUUUUGUCCUGCCGAAAAGCAAAUUGGUCUAGAUCUUUUAAGGACGUUACCCAAUAAUAGAUAUUAUGACAAACACAACGCUGAAGGGAUCGAACAAUUGCGACGUGUUUUAUUAGCGUUUAGUCUUCACAACAAAGAAAUCGGUUAUUGUCAGGGUCUCAAUCGUCUUGCUGCCAUUGCUUUGUUAUAUCUCAGCGAAGAAGAAUCAUUUUGGGCACUCGUUACUUUGGUGGAACAUAUCAUGCCAAAGAAUUAUUACUCCAAAACUUUAAUAGCUUCACAAGUCGACCAGAGAGUACUGAAGGAUUUGUUGGUUGAAAAAACCCCAAAGAUUUCGGAACAUUUGGACAAACUAAAGAUUGAUACAUCUUUGGUUACAUUUAAUUGGUUUCUUACGGCGUUUGUUGACAGUGUUCCUAUAGAGAUCGUUCUCCGUGUUUGGGAUGCGUUGCUGUAUGAAGGAUCCAAAAUUUUGUUUCGUUUUGCUGUGUCAAUAUUCUGGGUAAAUGAAGCCGAGAUUCUAAAAAUUACUGAUAACAUGAAGAUGUUUGAAUUUCUACGAAACAUGCCUUCACAACUUGUCGAUGCCGACAAGCUUUCUCAAGUGGCAUUUCAAGCUGUUAAUCCAUUUCCCAUGCAAAAGAUUUCAUUGUUACGUCAACAUCAUUAUGUCAUUGUAAAGAAAGAGCUUGCUGAGUUAGACAGAAUGAGACAAGAAUACAUGGUGUCGAAGAACAAUGAUUCAAAAGUUACAGAAACUUGAGGUACCAUCUUUCCAUUUUAUAGUAAAGAUGGUAUGUAUUUUAAACUAAUGUAUCGUAUAUAGAGACUGGGGGCUUCGCGAUGACAAAACAUUUAUAAUCUGCUCUUUUAUUAUUGAGACUGUCGCAUGCAAUAUUUCACCGCGAGGAAUUUUGUUUUUAGUGUAAUUUAUAUGAGAGUCUACGUAGAUAAAUAUAUUAGCUCAAAAUACACUUGUACCAUUAAGAAAGACUUUAAUUUCUAAGUAUUUCAAGAGCUCCUUAUACACCUUAUGCACUAUUUUAUUGAUUGAUCUAGGCAAUAGGCAAUUGAGCGAAGAUGUUUUAACUCAUUUUCCACUUUAAACUCUGUAAAGCAAUUCUUUAACUGCACAUUUGUUGCUGGAAUGAAAUAUUUUAGAGCCUAAAUACCUCAAUAAAUUGUGAUGUUUUUUAA